CGUUGCAUCAAAGAACUUUAUUCCUUUAUAAACUUAAUUAAGGUGGUAAGUCAUACAUUAGCAUUCUUAAUUCCAACAUAAUAUCAUAAUUAAGAAAUCCUGCACAUUCUCACUCAAAAAAGAAAAGAAAAAAAGAGAGAAAUUCAUAUAGAAGGAAAAAAUAAAAUGAAGCAUUUUUCAGCUCGAACAAUGUUAUCAUUGAUUUUUCUUUUUCCGGCAUUCGUUGAAUCCGCUGUUCGUCAUUAUAAUUUCACGGUGGUGACUGUGAACACAACAAAGCUAUGCUCAAGUAAGUCUAUUGUGACAAUUAAUGGGAAAUUUCCAGGUCCAACAUUAUAUGCAAGAGAAGAUGAUAAUGUCAAUAUAAGGGUCAUCAACAAUGUUCAAUAUAAUGUUACCAUUCACUGGCAUGGAGUGAAGCAGGUGCGUACAGGGUGGGCUGAUGGGCCAGCAUAUAUAACACAAUGUCCAAUUCAGCCAGGGCAAAGUUAUUUGUACAAUUUUACCCUUACAGCUCAAAGAGGAACACUUCUUUGGCAUGCACACGUUUCAUGGCUAAGAACGACAUUGCAUGGUGCCAUUGUUAUUUUGCCUAAGAAAACUCUUCCUUACCCUUUUCAAAAACCUCACAAAGAAAAAAUUAUUAUAUUAGGUGAAUGGUGGAAAGCAGAUACUGAAGCAGUGAUCGAUCAAGCAAUGCAAACUGGUUUGCCACCAAAUAUAUCAGAUUCUCACACCAUCAAUGGCCAUACAGGACCAGUUCCUGGUUGUACUUCUCCAGGUCACACGUUACAUGUGGAACAUGGAAAAACCUAUUUAAUACGCCUUGUGAAUGCAGCCGUAAAUGAUGAAUUAUUUUUCAAGAUAGCUACCCAUAAUUUAACUAUUGUUGAAGUUGAUGCUUCUUAUACAAAACCCUUCACCACCGAUACAAUCUUUAUCGGACCCGGCCAGACCACAAAUUUCCUCCUAACCGCCGAUCAAAUUGCCGGAAAAUAUCUAAUAGCCAUCUCUCCUUUCAUGGACACCGUAGUUCCGGUCGAUAAUGUCACCGGAAUCGCUUUCUUGCGGUACAAGAAAACCGCGGCAUUUUCUCCCGCAGUGCUUACAGCGACUCCAGCGAUAAAUGCAACAUCAGCAACGUCAAUAUAUAUGGAUAAACUUCGUAGCCUGAAUUCGAAGACUUAUCCGGCCAAUUUUCCGUUAAUAAUCGAUCAUUAUUUAUACUUUACGAUUGGAGUUGGAAUUGAUUCUUGUGACAGGUGUGUUAAUGGUAUGAAAUUAGUAGGAGCUAUCAACAAUGUUAGUUUCGUGAUGCCAUCAAUGAAUUUAUUGCAAGCUCAUUAUUAUAAUAUUAGUGGGAUAUUUACGGAUGAUUUUCCGGAAAAUCCGCCGGAAAAAUUUAAUUAUACGGGAAAUUAUACCGGUGGAAUGGCAACAAGUAAUGGAACUAGGGUUUAUAGAUUAGGGUUUAAUUCAACGGUUCAACUUGUGUUGCAAGGAACUGGUAUAAUAGCACCUGAAAGCCAUCCAUUUCAUCUUCAUGGGUUUAAUUUUUUUGGAGUUGGAAGAGGAAUUGGGAAUUAUGAUGCAAUAAAUGAUCCAAAGAAAUUUAAUUUAAUUGAUCCUGUGGAAAGAAAUACUUAUAGUGUACCUACUGGAGGAUGGACUGCAAUCAGAUUUAGAGCAGACAAUCCAGGGGUUUGGUUUCUGCAUUGCCAUUUGGAAGUACACACAUCAUGGGGAUUAAAGAUGGCAUUUGUGGUGGACAAUGGUAAAGGCCCAAAUGAGUCACUUCCACCACCUCCACAAGACUUUCCCAAAUGCUAGAGAUUUAUACAAUCAUUCUUUAUAAGAAUAAUAUUAUAAAAGAAACCAUAGAUUCUAGUAUAUUUUAUAAUUUUAAUAUAAAUUUUUAAUUAUUUUCACA